GGGCAUUUCCAUUUCUAAAAUUAAAAUCACAUUCUCCACCAUCAAAAGAUAAACAAAACCCAAAGCUAAACUGUCGACUCAUUUUUUCCUCUCAUCUUAUCUCCUUCUUAAUCUUUCAUGACUGAUUUCUCUGCUUAACUUCGACAAUUUCUCUUCUUUUUUUUUUAAAUUUUUUUCCUGUUUUUCUCUCUCCGUUUAUGGCAUCUACUCUCUGUUUCCCGGCGAAUUCUGCCGGAAUUUGUAACCGGCGGUCGGUUCCAGUCUUCAAUGCUCGUCGGCUAUGGCGUGUUCAUUGUUCUCUGGACAGUAAUGUCUCUGAUAUGAGUACUAAUGCCCCAAAAGGAUUGUUCCCCCCAGAACCUGAAUGUUACAAGGGCCCAAAGCUAAAGGUAGCAAUUAUUGGAGCAGGACUUGCUGGCAUGUCCACUGCAGUUGAGCUUUUGGAUCAAGGACAUGAGGUUGAUAUAUAUGAAUCAAGGCCGUUUGUUGGGGGAAAGGUGGGGUCUUUUGUUGACAGGCGUGGAAAUCACAUUGAAAUGGGACUGCAUGUCUUCUUUGGUUGCUAUAAUAACCUGUUCAGACUAAUGAAAAAGGUAGGUGCAGACAAAAAUCUUCUUGUGAAGGAUCAUACUCACACCUUUGUUAACAAAGGAGGUGAAAUUGGUGAGCUUGACUUUCGCUUUCCUAUUGGAGCUCCAAUACAUGGAAUUCAGGCUUUUUUAACAACAAAUCAGCUUAAGACUUAUGACAAAGCAAGAAAUGCUCUAGCUCUUGCUCUGAGUCCAGUUGUACGGGCCCUUGUUGAUCCAGAUGGUGCAAUGCAGGAUAUACGAAAUUUAGAUUCCGUCAGCUUCUCAGACUGGUUUAUAUCGAAAGGUGGAACACGAGCAAGCAUUCAGAGAAUGUGGGACCCUGUUGCCUAUGCUCUUGGGUUUAUUGAUUGUGAUAAUAUCAGUGCACGUUGUAUGCUCACCAUAUUCUCAUUGUUUGCCACAAAGACUGAGGCUUCAUUACUACGCAUGCUCAAGGGCUCUCCGGAUGUUUAUCUGAGUGGACCAAUCAGAAAAUAUAUUGAAGAGAGAGGGGGAAGGUUUCAUUUGAGGUGGGGAUGCAGAAAAGUUCUUUAUGAUCGAUCCCCCAAUGGAGAUGCAUAUGUAACAGGACUGGCCAUGUCCAAGGCUACAAAUAAGAAAACUGUGAGGGCUGAUGCUUAUGUUGCAGCUUGUGAUGUUCCUGGAAUCAAAAGAUUGUUGCCAGAAGAGUGGAGGGAUUUGGACUUUUUCAACAAUAUAUAUGAACUUGUUGGAGUGCCUGUUGUCACUGUGCAACUCAGAUACAAUGGAUGGGUUACUGAAUUGCGAGAUCUAGAACAAUCUAGGCAAUUGAAACAAGCAACAGGACUGGACAAUCUUCUCUACACACCGGAUGCAGAUUUUUCUUGUUUUGCUGACCUUGCUCUAACAUCACCAGAAGAUUACUAUAUUGAAGGGGAAGGGUCACUUCUCCAGUGUGUUCUUACUCCAGGAGAUCCUUACAUGCCAUUACUAAAUGAAGAAAUUAUAAGGAGAGUUUCAGAGCAGGUUUUGAAAUUAUUCCCAUCUGCACGAGGCUUGAAAGUCACUUGGUCAUCGGUUGUCAAAAUCGGACAGUCUUUAUAUCGUGAGGCUCCUGGAAAAGAUCCCUUUAGGCCUGAUCAAAAGACUCCUGUUCAAAAUUUCUUCCUUGCUGGGUCGUACACAAAGCAGGAUUACAUAGAUAGUAUGGAGGGCGCAACGCUGUCAGGAAGGCAGGCUUCUGCAUACAUAUGUGAUGCUGGAGAAGAGCUGUUUGCAUUAAGGGAGGUACUUCCUGCGAUAGAAUCUCUAGAACCUCCUCUAGGCUCUUCUCAGUUUAGUUUUGUAUGAUUUUUGUACAUAUACUUAGCUUUAGCUCCUUAUUUGUUUACCACCUUCAUGCAUUGUAAUAUUCUGGUGUUAACCCCUCACCAUAUGUAUAUGUAUUUAUGUACAUGUACCUCAAAGUAAUUUAUAAAUUUGCAAAUUAGAAGUACUUCACAA